AGCGCAUCGGGCAAAGUUCAGCGAAACAUCGGCCAUAGGCAAUAGAAACCGCAAUAUUUAGCUGCACUGGCUUGGUGGUGGUGAAAAAAAUCGAACAACACACGUUCAAUCCUUCCGCGCACCUCGGACGAAGCUUAGCGCUCGCGGUAGACAAGAAUCUCGCAGACAUUGAACCAAAAGGGGGGAAAAUGGCCAAACGUGCUGCCGGCUUUCUCAUAUUUCGCCGCCUGUGCGAACGCAUCGAGUAUCUCAUGAUGCAAGCCUCGUACGGCCAACACCACUGGUCGCCACCGAAGGGUCACGUCGAUCCGGGGGAAGACGAUUACGCGACAGCACUCCGUGAAACGGCGGAAGAAUCAGGCUACAAGGAAAGUGAACUGAAAAUUUAUCGCAAUCAUUCGUGCACACUGCAAUACAAAGUGAAGGGACACGACAAACAGGUCGUCUACUGGUUGGCGGAGUUGCGGGAUCCGGCGCAAGAGGCGACACUUUCGGACGAACAUCAGGACUUGCGGUGGCUGGAGUGUGAGGAUGCUGUCCAAAUCUCGGGCUACGAGGAUUUCGCCAAAAUGAUCCGAACGUACGACGCGAGGAUCAAGCAGAGCGAACUGUGAACGUCCAUUUGCAGCCGGUCUCCGAAGGCCGGAGUUAAGCUCUUGUUUUUGCCUUGUACCGCGUCCGUUGCGCCAGUGACGAUUGGAUGACGAAACGUAUCGAUUAUUUUUAUUGCUACGCAGGAAGCGUUUUGAGUGUGAGAAAUGCUAGUGAGUAAGUGACUUCAUACACCCAAUAAAUCCCAUUUAUGCCACGCGUAA